CGGGAAUCACAGACAUUGUUUUUUUCUUGCACAGACAAUUGAAGUUUAUCUCGUAUACGAUGAUUUAGGUGAUUUUUGAACAUUAUUUACAGUAUAAUUUGUGUGCUUUCUAGUAGCUAUAGCAUACUAUUCUGCUAUUUUAAGACUGCCUGCCUAAUUAUUUGAUUUUGAUUACAGAACCAUGCCUAAACCGCAAUAUACUCAAAAGUUUCGAGACGCAUGGUUAAAGGACCCUAGUUUAAAAGAAUGCAUAAGGAAAACGCAAGAUUUGACUGUAUUAAUAGUGAAUUAUUUUUAUUUUUAGAAAGUGUAUUUUUUAUUAUUCGUGCAAGGACUAAAAUUAAUGCGUCUAUUUUUGUUUCGUUUCUAGAUAAAAUAUAUUUUUGCAAUAUUACUAAAUGUUCUGCUUUUAUUUAUAGAUUUACCUUUAUCUUUAAUAUUUACAAAAUAUAUUUUCACAAUAUAGUAUUACUAAUUUGAAAUAAUAAAAAUGUCCAAAAAUCUAAAUUAGAGUAAAAACUAAAAAUACAUAAUAUGCGCACACGCCUUUAAAACCUAAAACGUAAUUAACUGCAAAAUGAGGGUUAGCUAUAACUAGUAGAUUUUCUGGUAGAUUUAUGAAAUUCAUGAUUUUCAUCUAGUAGAUUUCUGGUAGAUCUGGCAGUGUGAUUUAGUAGAUUUGAUUACCGAAGUGUUGGCAACCCUGCAAGAAUAAAAAGGUGAUGAGAAGAAAAAAAAUGUAUUAAAAGAGGGGUUAUCUUUCGUAUAAUUUCUAAUUUUCAAAUUUAAACUUAUCGAUGGUUUAAAAUUAAGUACAUUAUUUUUCAAUGGAAUAACUCGGAAAGCAAUAAUUCGAUAAUAGCAAGAGAACCGACUUCAGCACUUUUUCUCCACAAAACUAUUAUUACAAGGAUGGCUACAGUUAUAAAAGACAUAGAAAUACAACCGAACAUUCCAAUCAGUGUGCUCUUCGAAAAACAUGCUAAUUUCAUAAAAGAAUAUGGCCAAAAGGAAAAUAGCUAUGAAUAUGGAAUGACCGACUAUUUGAGAGUAUCUGGUAUGUUUUGGGGCCUCACUGCUUUGGAACUGAUGAAUACAUUACCCAAACAAAGUAAAGGAGAAAUUGCUGAGUAUAUAAAAAACUGUCAGGACCCAGAAAGUGGAGGUAUAAGUGCUUGCCUUCAACAUGAUCCUCACAUACUCCACACACUAAGUGCUGUACAAAUUUUAUGUAUUUAUGACAACCUAAACGCAAUUGAUCUUGAUGGAGUUGUAAGAUACAUAGCAAGUUUACAGCUAUCAGAUGGCAGUUUUAUGGGGGAUAAAUGGGGUGAAGUAGACACUAGAUUUUCAUUUUGUGCAGUUGCUACCUUAGCGCUAUUGAAUAAAUUGAAUGCUAUCGAUGUGAACCAAGCUGUUGAAUUUGUUGCGUCUUGUAAAAACUUUGAUGGAGGUUUUGGAUCUAGGCCACUUUCAGAAAGCCACGCUGGACUUAUUUAUUGCUGUGUUGGUUUCCUGUCAAUCACCAACAGGUUGGAUGUAGUUGAUAGAGAUACCUUAGCCUGGUGGCUAUGUGAACGUCAGUUACCAUCAGGAGGUCUGAACGGUCGACCAGAAAAACUUCCAGAUGUUUGCUACUCAUGGUGGGUGCUAUCAUCUCUUAGCAUCCUUGGAAGGCUACAUUGGAUAGAUGCAGAAGCUCUGAAAAAAUUCAUUCUGGCCUGUCAAGACACUGAGACUGGGGGAUUUGCAGAUAGACCAGGGGACGUUGCAGAUCCUUUCCAUACCUUGUUUGGAAUUGCGGCUAUGUCACUUCUAGGUCACGAGUCUGUGCAAAAAGUGAAUCCGACAUUCUGCAUGCCUCAACAUGUCAUAGAUCGCCUACAGCUCAAACCGCAAAUGAUGAUAGACUAAAGUAUCACUUCUCAAGUUUUUUAUUGCACAGUAUUUUUGUAUGGUCCAUUAAAAUGUUUACCAAAUAUCCAUAAUUUUACCAUAUUAGUACAAGAAGUUGAUAAUACUACAUUCGUAAUUUUAACGCAUCAGAAUGUAUGAUCUGCUACAGUAUAAAGUCUAGUAAAAAAGGAAAAUUGGAUGCCGAGGUAUUUUCCAAAAAUAUUUCGUUGAAAAAUCAUGUUAUGAUUCCUCCAAAGAAUAUAUUGUAUUUUCUACGUAUUCUAUGAAUGAAAACUGGCACUUCGAAGUUCAGACGUACUAUUUUGCGCCAAAUGCGACGUAAUAAGAUCUGAGAUAAGAAUAAACCCUGCUUCUACCAUGAAGGUAAAAAUACGUUUUCUUAACACGAGAGGAUAAACUACAUCAUCGAAAGCGUCACCCUUGAAAAACGAUUGUGAACAUUCCAAAUGUUGAAAACGCAGAUUUUUCUAGGUAGGAAAUAUGCAAUUUUCUCCAGUGAAUCUAAAAUGCUGUGUCCAGUGAUUUUUGUCAAAAUACAUUUAGCAUUGCCAAUAACGCAAAAAUACUCUUCAGAUUUUCUGGACUAUAAGGGCAAAACGUGAGGUUAUUUCAAAAAGUUUCGAUUGCAAGUGUAAAUGACAGCACCCACACAAUGUACUGUAAUUAUUAAAAAAUAAACAAACUUUGUACAAAUUU